GGGCCCCCGACUCCCUCAGGUAGAGGAGGAAAGGCCCCCAGAGAGCCAGCCAAGGUCGGGAAGCCGUUGUGAAGAGGAUGUUGGGGUGCAACGAGUAUGAGGUUGUGGACGCGAGGAGCGGCCUUGCCCGCGGGUUUGGGGGCGUCCUGGCUGGAUUGGAAGGGAGGGUGCAAAGGCCAAGGCCCGUAAAGCAGCCACCGCCCAGGCUACCGCUCACACCUGCCGCGCCGGGCAGGCGGCUGCCCCAACCCCGCGCAAGUUUGGGAAACGCGGGUGCCAGCGUGGGUCCACCGUGGGCGCUCUGCUGGCCUCUGAGCUGGGCUGGAAGUUCUACGAUGCGGAUGACUACCACCCAGAGGAAAAUCGAAAGAAGAUGGGAAAAGAGAUACCACUGACUGACCAGGACAGGAUUCCAUGGCUCUGCAACUUGCAUGACAUUUUACUAAGAGAUGUGUCGUCGGGACACCAUGUGGUUCUAGCUUGUUCAGCCCUGAAGAAAAUGUACAGAGACAUCCUAAUACGAGGGAAGGAGAGCACUCCUCUGAAAUGUGCAGAAUUGGGAAAGGGAGAAGGGCCAGCUGAGAUACAGCUCUUGGUGAUCCAUCUGAAUGGGUCAUUCGAGGUCAUUUCUGCACAGUUACGCCAAAGAAAAGGACAUUUUAUGCCCCCCGAGUUAUUGCAGUCUCAGUUUGAUAUUCUGGAGCCCCCAUCAGCUCCAGAGAACUUCAUCCAAAUCAAUGUGGAAAAAAACCUUCCUGAGAUCAUUGCUACAAUCACCGAGACUCUACAGACAACAUGAGAAGUGUUUCAUAGCUGCGGCCCAGAAAUAAAAACAACUUUGUUCCAGUCUCCUUAACCUGUAGGUACUUGAAAUUCUUCAAGUGAGCAAACCACAGGGAGUUGAUUGAACUUGUAAGAGCUGUGACAUACUUCACACCCUAUGGUGGCACAUCUGAGGAAAAGGAAGAGACUUCGAAAAUGAAAGUUUGUUUCAACUCAAUCAAAUGAGAUCUUGUAAUCAAUGUACUACUCGUGCCUAUAUUUUUCCAAAUAAAUGAAACUUGGAGCUGGGUACUUUUGGCUCUACUCAGGAGGCUAUCUAAAGAUCUCCAUUCAAAGCCAGCCUGGGCAGAAAAGUUAGUGAGACUCUUAUAUCC